UUUGUGGCUUGAACUCCACUAGAAAGCAGAGGGCCCUGCUCUCUAACAGGAGAGACAGAGAGACCCACAUCGUUUUAUUGAUUAUAUUUCAGAGAGAGAGAGAGAGAGCGAGAUCCAUGUCGUUGUAUUGAUUAUAUUUCUGGUUCAGCUUCUCAAACCAAUGACCGUUGUUGAUUCAGACAUUAUGUCGUAGCCACUGGUACGACAAUCAACAUGCAGCAGACUACAAGCUUUAAGCUUUUAACACCUUGCAAUUUCAAGAGCACAAAAAGGCCAUGGCUGUUAUUACCAAAGCACCCUAGAGGCUUUUCAUUUUCCACAAUUAGGGCGAGUUCAGACGAAUCAGGAGGAGAUGGUGAUGGUGGCGCCAUUGAUCCUUCUUCCUCCAAAAUAUUCUCUCGGAAACAAACUUAUGCUUUUCUCAAACAGCAAUUAGCCGUUGCUGCCAAGGCUGAGGAUUACAAGGAAGCUGCAAGGAUCAGGGAUUCGCUAAGGUCGUUUGAGGAAGAGGAGCCAGUGCUGCGUAUACGGAGAUUGAUGAAGCAAGCCAUUGAGGAGGAGAGAUAUGAGGAUGCAGCUAGUUAUAGAGAUGAACUAAUGGCUGUCGCACCUCACUCUCUACUUAAAUGCUCAAGCGAUUCCACCACUGUUGGAAUCAGAGUGCAGGUGAGGAGCGUGUACAUAGAAAGGCGUAGCCAACCUUCAAAAAGCCAAUAUUUUUUUGCUUACCGAAUACGAAUUACAAAUAAUUCAAAUCGCCCUGUCCAACUUCUCAGACGACAUUGGAUAAUCACAGAUGCUAGUGGAAGGACAGAGCAUAUAUGGGGAGUGGGAGUCAUUGGAGAACAGCCGGUUAUACUUCCUAGGAUGGGAUUUGAGUACUCAUCUGCUUGUCCUUUAUCAACUGAACGUGGAAGGAUGGUAGGAAGGUGACUUUGAGAUGAAGUACAUCGAUUCUGUCAAUGCUACUACAUUUAAUGUUGCUAUUGCUCCCUUUUCUCUCUCUAUGACCGGCGAUGAUUCUGACUUCAUCUAAUGUAUAUGCAUGACUUGCCUGGCCCUCUGUGUUCGGGGAAAAGUGAGUAUGGCUGUAAUUUUUGUGGCAGUUUUUGUAUUCUGAAGAAGAAUUGACAACUUCUACAAGAAAAUGGUUCACAAUUGUCUAAUGGAAUUAAGUUUCCAGUUUAAGAAGGUCUACAAAAGAAUGGGAACUUAAAUCCAAGAAUUCUUGCACUUAAAAGCUGUCAUUGUUGUCUCCAUGUAAGUGUGCAUUUAUAUUAUAUAUAAGAAAGUGGAGGGUGUAUAAAUGUAAGGAAGCUUUUAUCUUUUGUAUCUAUUGUGAGAAAAUUUACAAUUCUGAAA